AUAUAAUUUACCUUUGUUAAGGAAACAACAAUAAACGAACCUCUCUCUCUCUCUCUAAACUCUCUUUAUACACAAGACUGUGGAGUCUGCAUGAUGCUGGUGCUAAUAAGAAACGCAGAGGCAGCUUUCAGAUGAUAAUUGAUCGCUUAUUAAUUCAGCGACAGUUACGACUCAGUUGCGACUCAUUUCGGCGACUCCACUAACCGUAACAGCGACACUUUUUGAUCUCAUCACCUUCAUCGUAACGUCCUAUUUCUUGUUGCGGCGAUCUUCCGCCGAACAGGGCCAUGAUACGGGUCAUUCAUCUAGCUCUUCUUUUACUCAUAGCCACAACUGCCCAGUCACAUAAUUAUAUCCUGGCUUCCGAUGGAGACACCGUAGAAUGCGUCGACCGGAAUAAGCAACUAGCCUUUAAAAACUAUCUGUUGCGAAACCACAAAAUCCAGGAAACACCAUCAGAUUAUCCUAUUAUGAAGAAGGUGCAAAAGAAAAGCAUCUGGUCAACUUCUGAAGCGCAAAUUAGCACCGCAAAGUGUGAGAUCGGAACAGUGCCGAUACGACAAAAAGAGGCUAUUUCGAAUCAUCAGAGAACCCCAAAAACUAGCACCAAUUCUACGUUUACUCCCCAACACGAGUAUGCGGAAGCAUCUGUGCAUGCCCCGCCGAAGCUAUACGGUACCAGAGCAACCAUUAACUUAUGGAACCCAUUGGUCGAAGAUAGUGCAGCUGAAUUGAGCAUAUCCCAAAUAUGGCUUUCCUCCGGGGAUUAUGACACACAUGAUCUAAAUACCAUAGAAGUUGGGUGGCAGGUAUGUCCGGGGCUAUACAACGACAGCAAAACAAGAUUUUUCAUCUACUGGACGAGUGACGGAUACAAUAUAACCGGUGGCUACAACCUUGAAGAACCUGGAUUUAUUCAGAUUAGUAACAAUAUUGUCUUGGGAGGCUCUAUUACGCCGAUAUCUAGCUUUGGAGGAAGCCAAUACGAGAUGACAAUUCUCGUUUGGAAGGACCGGAAAAGCGGAAACUGGUGGUUAAGUGUUGGGACUAACAACACAAUAAUAGGAUAUUGGCCUCGGGAGAUUUUCACUUCCUUAGCAGAUCACGCGGUUGCGGUGGACUGGGGAGGUGAGAUUGUAAAUUCUCAGAGGUUUGGUCGACACACGAAGACCGAGAUGGGCUCGGGACAUUCUCCCGAGGAAGGUUUCGGGAAAGCGAGUUAUUUCCGAAACAUAGAGACUGUAGACUGCUACAACACCUUCCAGUCAAGCCAGGUGAUACAUCCGCACGCUGAAAUCACGAACUAUAACAUCAGCGUUUUUCGUACCGAUGAUUGGGGCACCUCGUUCUUUUACGGAGGAUCAGGAUCUAGCCAUACGCAUUCAGGAGUUGCUCCACUAAGUUUAAGUUUUUCUCUUAUUUAUCUUAUUUUUAAUCUGGUGUUCCUCGGCGGAGGUUGGUGUCACGACGAGGCUAGGUCGUCUGGGCUUGGUGAGAAGUCGGCUUUAAGGGCUGCGUUGAGGAGUGGGUCGUGGUUUUUACCGAUGCCAGAUCUACUUCUUUGCAUCCGGUGGGUUGGGGUCCAGCCUCAGGUUCGUGUAGGAGCAGACCGGCGGUUAGGUGGUGGCUCACUUGUUCGGAGUCGAGCUAUGUGCGCCCUUCCUGAUGCUCCGGUGGAGUUGGACUUGGAGUCUAAUCCAGUGCGCGAGUGUGGUAGUGAAGGCUUCCGUGUGGUCGCCGUAGUUGCUGCUUUCAUCGCCGCUUUUGAUGUCGUCCGCGUCGUGGUGUUUCUUCCUCUCCGACCCGUCCGACUACUCUAUGGUUCUCCCCUGUACGGUAGUUUCGAUGAGAGUGAAGGUUCUUCGUGGGAGACUCGUGUGAGGAUUGGCCAUCCCAGCACCUCGGUGGUACCCCUUGGUCCACUUUGGUGGGCUGAUCUUUGGUCCCUUUGUAGGCGAGGCAGACGUCAUCAGGAUGUGGCUCUCACCACUCCCGUUUUUCUGCUUUGGCUCGCACUUUCUUCCAAAGCCGAGUCCAAUAAGUGUGAUCUUCUUUUGAUUUUCGGACUAUCCAGAUGGCGCUCUAAAGGUUUCUGGGGCGGGUUGCGGUUUGAAGCUCUAGGAACUCGUGUUCUCUUCUACCGGUGGUGGAUCGAGGCUCGUGGUUGCAGCGGCUAG